UUUCUUUCUUACCAGUGACUCGACUCCUCCCUGUCUUGCUUUCAUAUAUUUCUCUCCAUCCUCGUCGGUCAACCCUCCCCAGAACACAAACCCCCCCAACCCUCCCUAUAUAUCCUCUCGCUCCAUCUUUCUCCCUAAAACCCUCCCCCGAACAAAUAAAAGUUCUCUGCAACAGAAGAUUUGACUCCUUUUUUAUGUUCGUCUUCAUCUCACCACUUGAUUGAUAUUCCCCAUUUCCCGAAGAAGAAGGACAGAAUCUUUCCUGAAAAAAAUGUCUUUCAUGUAUACCUUUUUCAUUCCCGAGGACGCCAAGGCUGAAGAAGGCGAGUGGGAAAGAGAACGAUAAACGCAAUAAGAAUAAUAUCCCGUUGGAAUAUUAUUAUAAGCAGCAGAAGCAGAUCCAUCUCUUCUGUUUCUCUGUGCAAAAAAAAAACUUGGACCACACUCCUUCAUAUAUCUAUACCCUUCCAUCUUACUUGUGCAGUUUUAGCGAUGUCCGUGACAACGGUAAUCACCGACUCAAUCGUGAUGACGACGACGGCGUCGGCCACCGAUACACAAACAGUGACGGCGAAACUGGCAGCAGCCACAAUUGAUGUGGAUUUCGCAAAAUGCGAUUGCUGCGGACUGACGGAGGAAUGCACCUUGGCGUAUAUCGAAAGAAUUCGAGAGCGGUAUCAGGGGAAAUGGAUAUGCGGUCUGUGUGCGGAGGCGGUGAAGGACGAAGUCUUCCGAUCCAAAAGGCUAAUAAGCACCGAAGAAGCAAUGAGCCGUCACUUCAAUUUUUGCAGCAAGUUCAGGUCCUCCGGACCGCCUCCCGACGCCACCGGCCAUUUAAUCUCUGCCGUCAGGCACAUCUUGAAGAAGAGUUUAGAUUCUCCCAAAUCCAUGCUGCGCUCCGUGCCCUGUAGUCCGACCGAGAGCGCUAGGGUCGGUGGGGGGUUGACUCGGUCGGAGAGCUGCAUUCCGAGUUUGAAUUUUGUUGACUCGGCCGGGUUGCAUGGGGUUGAAGGAGAGUCUGAACGACAAUCGUUGGACAUUGGUACAGAAACCGAUAGUGCCCUAGUAGUAGAAGUAGACAGCGCAGUUUCUUUUGAAUUUCGGCAGGGACACCGCUAGAUGAGAAAAGGAAGUGCAAAAUAAUACAAAGAAAGAAAGAAACAAACAAACAUUUAGUAGUACUAAUAAUAAAAGUUUCCAGUAGUUUGACUUAUUUUAAGUUUUACGUUUCUCACUCAUUUGUAAACACAAGAGUUUGUGUUUAUCAUUGUGGAUAUAUUAUUGAUCAGUAAGGGGGGUAGUAGGAUUCUUAAA